AUGGCUACUAGUGAAUCUUUGAAUCAAAGACCACAGAAUCCUCUUCCAAACGAAGUUUCAAAAAAUAAAGAAGAUAUCCAAUUGAUUUGGCUCGAUGGAAAUAUGAAUGAUUCACAUGAUUAUCUUCUCACUCAAUCUGUGUUAAUCGAGCUUAAUUCAGCUGUGCAGUUUUAUUCUCAUUUUGAUCGAUGUCUCGAUUUUAUCAAAUCAAUCAAACAUGAACAAAUCUUUCUGAUUGUUUCUGGUGCUUUUGCUCAACAGAUACUUUUACAAACUCAUCAUUAUCGACCUUUGGUUGCUAUAUUUAUUUUUUGUUCUAACCAUCAACGUUAUAAACCAUUAAUGAAAGAAUAUAAUAAAAUCAUUGGAAUAUUUACUAAACAACAUGAUUUAUUAGAAUCAAUCAAACAAAAAAUGAAUCUAGUUGAAAAACAGACAUUAACAUUUAGUCUUUUUGAUCAAAAACAAAAAUCAAUGAAAGAUCUAUCACAAGAAUCAGCUUCAUUUCUGUUACAUCAAAUGUUAAUUUAUGUUCUUAAACAAAUGUCACAAGAUCAACAAUCAAAACAACAAAUGCUCGAUAUGUGUCGCGAUUAUUAUAAAAAUGAUAAAAAAGAAUUAACGAAGAUUGAAGAAUUUCAAAAGACUUAUACUCGUGACAAAGCAAUUGAAUGGUAUACAGAUGAAUGUUUUCUUUAUAAACUACUAAAUAAAGCACUUCGAACUGAAGAUAUCGAAUUACUCUUUAAUUUUCGAUUCUUUAUUAUUGAUUUAUGUUCAGCUAUUGAACAAGAACAUCAACUUUUGAAAAAUAAAGGAACAUUAACUUUGUAUCGUGGAACACAAAUUCCAAAUGAAGAAUUAGAGAAAAUAAAAGAAAACAUUGGUAAAACUAUUUCAACUAAUGGAUUUUUAUCAAC